CUUCACCAGACCUACCUAAUGAUUCAUUCCAUUAGUCUGAGUCACCUCGGCACGACCCUUUUACACUAACCGUGGGACUCCUCUGUAGUACACAUCUACCUCUCAUUUGGUCUAUCUCUACCGAGACCUUCAGCAUGGAAUUCCCCCCCCCUCCCCUCACAGUCUUCAAACCGUCUAGAACGCGACGCCUCCACUACUGCCCAGCUCCAGAUGACCGCCCGGCUUGAGCGGUAUCGCGCAUCGAACUCGCACGAUGACACUGUCCACUUCCUCCACUCCGUGUUCAGGUAUCUCCCCGCCGAAUGCCAGCUGCAACUCGCUCGCGACGUGGCCCGCUGCGCGGACGAUGGAGAGCUCUCACAGCUAGCCCAGUACAUCGAUAGGGCUCUCCUCCGGCCGAUGCUGACCACCGGCGGCCGCACCACGCCCGCAACCGCGCCCUCCCCAUGUCCACAUCCUGGAGUCGAGGACGACGACGACGACGACGACUCCACGACGGAUCUGGCCGACGAGCAGCUGCGCCGCACGUGCCUCCAGCGCGACCACCAUCGGUGUCUCAUCACCGGGCUCUGGGAUUGCUGUCUCCACCGGUAUUUCCCGGCGAUGCGGGAUGAGGAUGGCGGGUUCCAUCACGAGCAUCACGAGGGGACUCCUCGUGCGGAGGACGUCCUGAUGCUGAUGGCCGUGGCACGGAUGGAAUUCCGUCGCUCUGCCCUCAUCCUCGAAGAAACGGAGGAGGCGACCCCGGCUCGGUUCCGGACCAAGAUGUUCCUGAGGAUCAGAGAGUCCUUCCUGCGGUCCUUUGUGCCCGAAUCCGUGACGAUUGACCGGCACGGCGCGGACGCGCCGAACAGGGCCCUGCUCGCGGUGCAUGCGGCGGUGGGGAAUAUCCUGCACGCCUCGGGACAUGGGACGUUGAUCGACGAGACCCUCUGCCACCUUAAGUACGAGCCUGGCGCCACCGAUCUCAGGCGGGACGGGAGCACGGAUCUGGAGGAGUUGUCCGUGACGGGUCUGGCUUUGCUGGUCACGAAUCCCAGCCUUCCUUUUUUGGUUUCGGACGGUGACUUGGCCAGUUCCUCGGAGGGGUUCGAUGAUACGAUAGCCAAGUCGAAGAGUUCAAGCUAG